UGUGAAGAUGGUGUCUCGGGUGUUGCUGGUUGCCGCGUGCCUGAUGCCGGCUCUGGUCGGGGUGCUGGGGAGGGGGGACAUCGCGGACGGCGAGCGGUACGGCAAGCUGCCGCCGCCCCAGUACUACCUACGCCGGGAGGCGGAGUCAACCGCACGGGAACCCGACUUGGAGACUCCUCUACCAACUGAAACCUUGACAACACCUGAAGAUCAAGAACAACCAACGUUACCAGCUGCCCCGGAACGGUCCACGCCCUCGGAAUUCACGAGCACCGUCUCCACGCCAGAAGGUAGGAGUUCUAGUCCCGAGGUUUCAACAGAGGCUAUGAUGUAUGAGGUUGUAAAUACGAGCAGCAGUACCGAUGUAACAGACGCACCUUUGACAGGAAAAGAAGAUAUACCCGCGGAGAACGGGAAAGUUUCGGCAAGUACGUCUCUGGGAACAGACGCUGAAACGUCUCACGCCUCCAAUAUUGCUGAGGUAGAUGCAGACAAAGGGGUGCCAAACGAGGCGUGGGGAUCGAACCCUGAAUCAGAGGUUAAGACCGACGAGCUGCCCAUUGGCUUUGUGGAUUUCCUGGCAAAGGAUGAUCCUGAGCCUCUAAGACCCAAUAAGACCGACGGGGGGUUAGACAUGUUCACCAAAGACAUCUUUAAAUGGUCCGAUGAUAAUAUCGAGGACGAACAAAAACUGCACCACGAUAAAACAGCAACACACGGAGAAGCUAUCCUGGGUGCCAAGGCCAGCAAGUACGGCGAGCCUUACGUGUAUAAGGGGGACUCGAGCCAAGACCCGACGAUACCCAAGAAACCGGAGAAGCACAACGUCUCUGACGCGUCUGUGGCCGAGGACGACAAACCGAUGACAAACAUGUUCAACACGUACAACACUUUCAACCUGAAGAUCCCCACGGAUGAGGAGGGUCAGGAGUUCCUGAACGGAUUCAACGAGCAUUUCUCUCACUUCCGGCUGGCACUGGAAGGGAUCGCAGCCAACCACACCGAAAACCUGGCCAAGCUUGUGGAGCGCAUCGAAACGCUUGAGUCGCACUCGUGGGAGCUUGAGUUGGAGCUUGGUGACGUCAGAGCGGAAAACAUGCAGCUCAAGCAGCAGCUGGAGGAACUCCGACUGGAGUGCAGGGACAGGAACGCAAAACUAGAGGAGAGGACAUGCCAAACCGGGAACGACACCUUGCGGCUGAAGGAAGAACUGGAGGAAGUGAAGCUCCGAUGGGUGGAGAACGUGACCCGGAUGGAGGAAGAGUGCUUCCGGGUCACACACAAUGUCAGUGACGUCAUGUUCGACAUGGAGAACAGAAUCAGGGAGGAGACCAACAAAAAUAUGAGUGAAGUGCAAGACAACAUCGCGUGGGGCUGCCUCGCGGUGCAGGGUGAGUGCAGGACCCGGAUGGACAACCUGACCCAGGAGGUCAGAAAGGUCACGGACACUAACCGCGUGGAGCAGCUGACCCAGGCGGACGCCUCCACCAUCUUCUUCCCCGCCUUCACGCCUGCCAAUGCCAGAGACUGCUCCGAGCUGUUCCGAAAGGGAGUGUGGCAGAGCGGAGUUUACCGAAUCCAGCCGGACAUUGUCGAAGGCGGUCCGGUCAUAGAGGCUUUCUGCGACAUGGACACAGAGAGUGGAGGUUGGACGGUGAUCCAGCGGCGCCCUGAUUGGAUGGGACCGCUGCGAUUCUUCAACAAGAACUGGACUGAGUAUAGCAGCGGAUUCGGCGACGUGCGAGGCGAGCACUGGCUCGGGAACGAGGCUCUGCAUCACCUGACCAGCGCGCGGGAAAACGUCCUCAGAAUCGACAUGCGCAGUGCGUCCACAAGAUGGCACGCUUCAUACUCAAGCUUCAACGUUGACGAGAAAGACACAGACUUCCGCCUGUCACUCAGCGAUUUCCAUGGCAACGCCGGCGACGCGCUGACGCAGGACGGCAAGAUCGAUCACGUGCCCUUCACCACGGCGGACCGCGACAACGACGCAUGCGCGGACUGCAACUGUGCCGCCGACCUGCACGGAGGCUGGUGGUACCAGACAUGCGAGGCCGGGCUGAACGGGGAACAUGGCGGCGUGAACUACGGCUGGAACUCUCGCGAGAUCUCGCUGUACCCGGAGUUUGUCGAGAUGAAGACGAGACCGAAGGAGUUCGACAAGCUCGUGGCCCUGUCCGACCUCAUGGCGAAGGACAACCAUUUUGUAGAAGACAGCUUUGAGACGAAAGAAGAUAUCAAAUUUGUAGAGUAACCUUGCCUCUCAAAAAGUGUAGAAGUUCGGUAGUGAUGUUAGAUGUUAACUUCGUAUCCAAAGGCUAAACAUAUUGUAAAGCACGACGUCCAUGGUACAACUACUGUGAAAAUAAUACGCCAGGACCUGGAGUACUUCUUUAAUAGGACACAACUACCGGUUAACUUUCAUCAUGAGUUCAUUCUAUCUAAAGCGAUAUCUGUAAAAUAUCAAAUUACCAGAUAACUUUCAUCAGCCCAGUCAAUGUAAAGAGAUAUCUGUAAAAAUUACAAUUACCAGAUAACUUUUAUUAGUUAAUUCAAUCUAGUGACACCUGUACAAAAAACAACAAUAAAGAGGUCAUACCGAACCCAAGAGACUAGU